AAUGUUGUGUGGAAGGAACCAGGUUUUAUAAUGAACUGUUUUAUUCACAACAACAGCAUGAGGAUCAUUCAGCUUCAGUUCUAUGUAUUAAUCUGUUGUCAAGCUGCAGUGUCAGAUCUACUGACUGAUUUGGGAUCAAAUAUGACCAUAAACUGUGAUCUUGAUGAAAAUGAGGUUUAUUGGAUUUUACUGAAAACAGCAGAUCCUCCAACAGUGAUUCUGCGAUCAUUCUCAAAACCAAUACCACCUUUUUACACAAAUGAUACAUCCAGAAACAAAUAUUCAGUGCAGUUUAAACAUCGUCUGGUUAUUAAUAAUGUGACUGCUGAUGAAUUAGGAGUUUAUUACUGUAUGAACACACGCACACCUCCAAAACUCAGCAACAGCACCAGAAUAUACUUCAAUGAAUCAACUCAGCUAACUGAGUGUCACAAUCAUACAGUGACUGAAUAUACUGAUCAGACACACUGGAAGAUUAUUACUAUCAUCUUUGGACUGACUAAUGGGCUUCUGGUUAUUGUGGUGGUCGGACUGGUAAAGGUUUUUGUUGUUGGAAACAGAAGGUCUACAGAACAAUCAGAACAAAUUAACACUGAUCUACAGCAGACGCAAGUUACAGAACAGCAUCAGGACCAAUUAUAUUAUGCUGAGGUGAAUUUUUCCAAGCUGCGUAGAAAUAUUCGGUCGAGCCAAAUCAACAGCACCUAUGCUGCUCUAAGCCUGCCGAAGCCAUGAACACAUGAGUAUGAUUGAUUUUAUACUUCUUUUGUGUAUUUUUUCCUGAUGUUCUACUCUGAAACUCUGAGAAAAGUUCAGAAAAAAUACAGUAAAAAAAAAAAAAGUAAAAUAAGUUAAAAAUCGACUACAUUUGAUAUGAUUCAUAUUUCACUCUGCUUUCUAAAGACUGGUUGGAAGUCAUGAGAUUAAUCACAAUUAUUUUAUUGAACCGACAGCCAGUUUUAUAUUUGUGUUUGUGUAUAUCUAAAAGUAUUCUAAUAAUGUUAAAAAUAUCACCUGAAAAAUAUUUACUUUCUAUUAAGUAGACACUUAUUUUUUAAUUGUAUGAUUAUUGUAUGAAUGUUUUAUGCAUGAAAAUAUGUACCUGCAUUUGUAUUUAAGUGGGUCUCGCAAGAGGUCGGUGGCAUCUAACUUUGAAAACCCCUGCUUCAGAUGAAAUGUGUUUAACUUUUAUAUUUGCUAGUUGGUCUAGUUCUCUUUGAAGUAGCUGUCUUAAGCCGUAUCUGGUGGAAAAUUUUGUGAGUGGUUGUAGAUGCAAAUAUGUGUAUGAGAGUGGAUGGAGAGUGUGCGCAAUAUUCAUUAUUAUUGUGAAGACUGACUGAUUGAGUUUUCAAUGCUGUUGGACUGAGAAGAGGUUCAUUUUUAUAAGAUACAUAGGACUGCUUCUGUCAAAAUGGUUUAAUUGAUACCUGAAUAUAUUAAUCUGUAUUUUAAAAAGUAAACAGAGUCAGUUAAAUGAUCAUAAGAUGGUAAAGGUUGUUAGUGUGAAAUGUUGUGGCUUGUCAACCUACUUUCUCGAACUCAGCUCUCAGGGCUUUUUUUUUUUUUUGCCUUAUUGUUUUAACAAAAUGUAAGUGCGACAAGUCCAUCUGCUUGUUUUUGUGUGUGUUUUAUUCUGAGAAAACGUCUGUGAGUAUAUUUUGGUAUUUGAAUCAGAAAUAAAAAAUGUGUUUGCAAAUGAACGGCAGAAAUAUUUUCUAGAUGAAAGGAUCCUUUUACUUUAAAUGUACAUAUUUUGUACUUUUAUAUUGACACGACUGCCUUUAAUUCCUUAUAUCAUUAUAUCUACAUUAAUUUUACAAUUAGUUUCACAAUAAAGAAAUAGUAUAUGAUUAAAAAAUAACCAUAUUUAAAACACGCGCCCAACCUGACAUUUAUAAAAAACAUUUUUUUUAAAAAUCAGCCUUAAGAUCUACCUUUAUUAUGAAGUUGCUUUAUUGGUAUGUAAUAUUAAUAGUUAUAAUAGUUGCUUCAUUAUGCUAAAUAUAUAUCCUUGUGUAUGUCAUUCUUAAUAUUCUUGAACAAAGUUUUUUUAGCUGGUUAUACAUACUAUGCAAUUUGUUCAGUAAAAAAUAUAACACUGUGCAGUGUUAUUUUUUAUAACUAAACUCAUGUGAAGUGUUAAACCAAAACCAGUGCUCACUGGGUUUGGCACUUGACAACCAAUGACUCUCACCUUUGUCUAGAGUGGAGGUUAAACUGUGAAACGAGUGCAGUGUUUUUGCAACACCUUUAUGUUUAUGAAGUUCUCACAGUUGUCUUAACCUCAAACGGAAAGUAUGUCGACUUUGUUUGUUUACUAGACCCACACAAUGCCCAAUUAGCACUUGCCAAGUGUUAAUGUAUGUAAACCACAUUCACAACUCAUGCUGAAGCUUUUAUUGCUAUAGUCAUUUCACACGAAUCUAGGGUUAAUCUUGAAAUGAAAUAAAUUAUUGAAAUAAAAUAAAUGAUUUUGCACAAAUGUCAUACUAGAACUGUUGAAACAAAGCCUUUUGGGGAAAAGCAAGUGAACAUAAUAUGAACUAUUGAAGGCCUAUUGCUGAAAACACAGACAAGUACGAACAGUGAAAAGAGUACCUCUGGGAACUUUUUCGUGAGACGCGCAAAUACAGCAGUUUCCAACAGAAAUUAACACUAGAGGCAGUAAAACAGCGAACACUUGUAAUCGUUUUCCUACACAAUUACGAUUACAGCUCCAUAUGUUUCACUUUCCAGAUGUAACAAAGCUUGCUCAGUAGGUUGGAAAUGUCCCAGUGCUGCUGACCAAUCAAAUCCUGAUCUGAGGGUCAAAACUAACAGUUGUUUAAUACAGUAUGUAUGCAAUAUUUCAGUAUAACAUUUUUUUUUUUUUUUAACAAUCUUAGUAAAUUUUAAAAAUCUGUUGCAAUGGUUCCUUGUUGUUCAAUCCACACCUGUUCUUUAUAAAAUUUAAUGUUUUUACCAGGGACGU